AUGGCAAGCAAGACGGAUGUUACCCACGCACCUGCCCUGAUAAACCGUCUCAGGAGAGCUGCAGCCUGCCAGCGGCCUCGGGGCGCUGCGCCCUGCCCACCACGGCCCUGGGGGCUUGGGGCGGGCGCUGUCCGGACGCUGCACACAGGACCUGUCCUGCUCUCUGUGCGUAAAUUCACAGAGAAAUAUGAAUGGAUAACAACUGGAAAUGGAAUUGGAACAGUGGGAAUCAGCAAUUUUGCACAGGAAGCUUUGGGAGAUGUUGUUUACUGUAGUCUGCCUGAAGUUGGGACAAAAUUGAAUAAACAAGAUGAGUUUGGUGCUUUGGAAAGUGUGAAAGCUGCCAGUGAACUCUAUUCUCCUUUAUCAGGAGAAGUAACUGAAAUGAAUGAAGCUCUUGCAGAAAACCCAGGACUUGUCAACAAAUUUUGUUAUGAAGAUGGCUGGCUGAUCAGGAUGACGCUGAGUAACCCUUCAGAACUAUGUGAGCUGGUGAGUGAAGAGGCCUAUGAGAAAUACGUCAAGUCUAUCGAGGAGUGAGACUGGAGCCCUAAAUAAACCAGUGUGGAAUAACGUCAUCCAGCA